GCACGAGCAAAUGUGCGUGCACGCUGUCAGUCAGAUUUCAUCAAGAUGGCCGCCUCCAGUGCAGUGCUCUCAAUGUCCAAAAUCAUCAAACCCAUUUGGGGUGGACGGCUGGCAACGACGGCAAAAGUUUUUGGAGCCACAGUGAGCAGUCGCAGAGAGAAGUCAACAGUAGGACAAAUCAUUCCCCCUCCUGCAAAGUAUGGUGGCAGACACACUGUAACUCUCAUACCUGGAGAUGGUAUUGGACCAGAACUUCUCAAUCACGUCAGGGAGCUCUUCAGGUUCAGCUGUGUGCCUGUGGACUUUGAGGUAGUGAACGUCUGCUCAGCUACUGAGGAUGACAUCAACAACGCCAUCACUGCCAUCCGCCGUAAUGGAGUGGCCCUCAAAGGUAACAUUGAAACCCUCCACACCCUGCCUGCUUCCCACAAGUCCAGAAACAACCUCCUCCGUACCACUUUGGACCUGUAUGCCAACGUCAUGCACUGUAAGUCCCUCCCUGGAGUCCAGACUCGUCACAACAACAUUGACAUCAUGAUCAUCAGGGAGAACACUGAGGGAGAGUACAGCAGUCUGGAGCAUGAGAGUGUAUCAGGGGUGGUGGAGUGUCUCAAGAUCAUCACCCGGACUAACUCCCUAAGAAUCGCUGAGUAUGCAUUUAAAUUGGCCCGGGAGAAAGGUCGCAAGAGGGUCACUGCCGUCCACAAGGCCAACAUCAUGAAGCUGGGAGAUGGUCUGUUCCUGCAGUGCUGUAGAGAGGUGGCUGCUGGGUACCCUGACAUUGCCUUUGAUGCCAUGAUAGUCGACAACACCACCAUGCAGCUGGUGUCCAAACCCCAGCAGUUUGAUGUGAUGGUGAUGCCCAACCUGUAUGGGAACGUGGUCAGCAACGUGUGUGCUGGCCUGGUGGGAGGGCCAGGGCUGGUGCCAGGGGCUAACUACGGCCGCGACUAUGCUGUCUUUGAAACGGCCACCAGGAACACAGGGAAGAGUAUUGCUGACAGGAACAUUGCUAACCCCACUGCCAUGCUACUGGCCAGCUGCAUGAUGCUGGACCACCUCAAGCUCCAUGAUUAUGCCACUAUGAUCAGGAAUGCAGUCCUGACAACCAUGAAUGAGACUCAGUUGCACACAGCUGACAUUGGGGGGCAGGGCACCACCUCUGAGGUGGUCCAGGCUAUCAUGAGGAACAUCCAGAGCAAGGGGCCUCUCACCAGCGAGCUCUGAACACACACACACACUUUGAGGAUGUGUCCCGUAUGUUUAAAACAGCUGUAAUGUACUGUAUGUGUGUGCUGAGUGAGUGGGUGUGUGUUUGUGCAUGUUUGUUUCUAUAGUGAUACUCCUCUGUGUUGUUGACGUGUGGGAGCGGUUCAGUCCUGUCUUUACACACACACACACACCUCUUUCAGACUAGCAGGGUGUGUUCAUCAGUUGUCUUCUACAUUGUAUUCAUGUCUGUAUCAAUGAUUACGUUUAAUUUCACACCAGUCUGUCUUUCAUAACCAUUCCCUGUCCGGUUCACGCACAUUAACCUUUGUGCAUAAACAAAGGAAGUAGUAGGCCCAAACUCUACAUCGGUAAUAGCAUGCUGUAGUGAAGUAAAAGCAAGGAUCUAUCUCUUAGGUUUAACCCCAGGACAUGAUAGCUACUCGCUAGGUGUAUCCUACAACCCAGCACAUAAUAGCUAGAUUGCAACACAUUCAGCUCCACUUGAGACAUUGGCUUUGUUUGAUUGUAUUUAAGCAACCGUUCUUGGGUAAAUGGGUUCACUGUAGUCAUUUGUGAGAGUUGAAACGGUUUUAGUAUUUUCUCGCAGUACAAAUGACAAAGAAAGAGUGUAAACAGUUAUGUUUCUCACAGUAAUGCAAUCUUGAUAAUAAAUGUUUUGAUGUUCUUCUCACAGUUCAGCGGUGCUUAGCCUUGGGUCUCUGUCUUUCUGUUAUCAGAUUUUGCUCAUCUUUCCCAAAAUCAAAUGAUUUACCAAUGUCCUUUCUGUGGUCUUCAGAUCAAUUCACUCUAUUUGACAAGGUUUUAGUUUUACUGUUCUAUUUGACUGUUAUCUGUUACAUAUGUUCUAUAACAAGUGUCAUUUGAACAACAACUGUACACUGAAAUGCCAUUAUUAUAUACUUUGUCAAACAUACUGUUUUUCACUUGAUCCUUUGAAAAAACUAAACCAGACUUGUAUCUCUGUGUUGUACGCGAAAGCAACCAAUGUGUUUGUACCUCAAAUACCUAUAUACUGUCUCUCAUUAACGCACAGUGGUUGAAAUCUAGAGUGAACCCAAGCACAUUUACCUGCUAAAUUAAAUUGUUUAUUUUGGUUUCA